CAAAAUGGAGUUGUUGACUUUGGAAACGGAAUGACAACCUCAAUAUUUUGUUAAAUAUCUACCUAAAUUAUGAAUAAUAUAGAAUGGGGGAUAGUGGCUUGCUGAGAGCAGAUGAUGGCGAAUCCAGCGACACCACAAGAAAGGUUCUGGGACCACCAGAGAGAUGGCCUCACAAGAAUUAGGAAAGAUCUCCUGAAGAAGAACUCGCUGAAUAAGGCAAACAGCCGAGCAAACUCUAUCAAUGGAACUGGUGGCAGAGCAAAUUCCUUAUCGAAAGCUGAUCGGGAAAAAGAGGCGCAAAAAGUUGUGAGAAGGGCGUCUCUCCCAACUAGGUCCCCUUCAGAAAGGUCUGGGAGUCAAAUAAGCUAUGCAGGAGUUCCAUCCCGCAGCCCCAGCAUCACAAAGGACAAUGUCCCCCACAAAGUCCUGAUUGGAAGACCAGAUGCCUUCAAGGGGAAAGAGACGCCGCCAGUGCCGGAGCCAAAGGUCAACACGCCUCCGGGCCGGAGGGUGAAUAAUGGGUCUCCAGGGCCGAGAAAUGGUACUCCUCCUUCUCAGCUGCCAAGGAUGAAAUCAAAGCCAAGACAUGAAAAGGAGAGGCUUCCAAGAUCAAGGUACAAUGUUGUGCCACCCGUUCCCCCGAGGAGAGCUUUCUAUCAACCAACUGAUGAGAGUAACGAAGACAGCUGGGGCGAAACAGAAAGUGACGACUCCUACGACGAUGACGGCUUCAUGGGAGCCUACCCGUACCCUAUCUACGUCCAGCCACAGCCAAUGUUCGCCCCACAACCUAUGUACUACCACCAACCCAGGCGACAUCGCAAGCGCAAAAAGAAAGUCGUUGUCAUCCGGGAACCGCCGAAACCGUACACGAUGGAUCAAGCAACUUAUACGAUUGAUCAUCGAGCAACACAGUGGGAUGAUCCUGAGGCUGGCCAGUUGAUGGAUGUCGGGAUUGACCCCAUGCACCCGUAUGUUGAAAUGACCGACCGUUCUGUGGGAACUUUUGACGUAAGGCGUGGGGAUACGAAAAUGUCAAAUAUGUCAAAUAAGUCUUAUAAGACUACUGCUAGUGAGCGCGAGCGGCGACGGCAAGAUCGCGAGAGGUGGGAGCGCGAGCGCGCGGAAUAUCACGAUUUUGAAAUGCAGCGUCGCUUGGAGCAGGAUCGGCGGAAUAGGGAAUUAGCUGAACGUGAUCGGUCCUUUGUGGAGAAAAAGGGCGAAAGAGGGGGCGAAAAUGAGGAUCGGUCUUAUAAGGAAAGAAAGGGAGCACUAGAUCGUGAUCAAGCUUAUAAGGAAAAGAUGGCCCGAGAACGUGAACGCAUUCUAGCGCGUAAGAAAAGACAGGGUGAAAUAGACUUUGUUGGAAAUGAGUCUGUCAACGACAGCAGCUCUGAAGGCCAUUCUGACUUGUACAAUAAACUUAAAGCACGACAGAAGAAGAUAGAUUAUGUCGCUGAUGAUCCUGUCCCUGCUGAUGUCGCUCGGCGUCUGAGGGAAAACUCAUCUCCUUAUGAUUCCAAUGAGUCGAACAGUGCCAAAUCAUUGAAUAGUCGCCACCCCGUUGGGUCUGUGAAAUCUUUUUCAGGGUCAGUCUAUUCUCCUGCGGCUAGUUAUAAAAAUGACCCCCAGGAUCCGCCACCUCUGAGCGAAGAUGAAUACCGUCCAACCAGUUAUGAAGAGAUUUCUUUUCCUGUGCCAAAUAUUCACGGUUCUGAUGUGAUGAGUAGCACACAGACUCUUGGUCCGUCACGAAGACCCAAGUUCUAUUAUCAUUACACGCAGUCGAGACCUCGCUAUCUUCAGGAUAGGAAUGCUCUCUUUGAUGAGAGGACAAACUCUGUGCUGAGGCGAUACAAGUACGGCACUGACCUCAUCGCUGAUCGAGUGACACCUGACAUCAACCUACCCAGGGACCUUCAGAUGAUCAAGCAUUUCCUUGACUACCCGGACUUUGCUAACACAUUCACUGAGGCUCUCAUUGCUGACUUUCUCGACGAGGAUAUCAUUCCUGAUGUUCUAAUUGAGACCAUCUCUCACAUGAACACUUUGCCUGCUACCCACCCGAUGUUCCACCCAUCCAAACAAGUUGCCAAUGACAUUGUCGAUACUGAAGUUAUCUGGAUGGCAAAGGGCAUCGUUGGAGAAGUCGCUAGAGAAUUUGUUGAUGGUUACUUAGAGGAACAAUUCAAUCAGAAGAAGGACCCCCUAGAGGAGUUUCUGGAUGACCUCUUCAACGAGGUGGUGUUUGACGGCGCGACUGAAGCGGCGCGGGAGGCGGUGUUGGAACUUGCCGACAUCUACGUCAUGAACUCAUCGAUCUUUGACUACCUCCUCCUGAUUACUGAUGAGAUCAUUCGGGAGGAAGCAGCCUCAGUGCUGGACGAGGCCCUGGAGGAGAUGAUCCUGGAGGACUUUGUCAAUGAUGAGCUUGUGGAAGAACUUAUAGAAGAGGAAGCCUUCGAGGUGGCGCAUGAAGUCCUCACAGAGUACGACACGAAGCUCAGGAGGAAAACAGUCAAAGAUAUUGACCGCCUCGGUCGUGACAAGCUGCUUGAAUCUCUCAUACUGAACGACAUCCUCCGACGGAUUGCUCACCAAGCCAAGAUCUGGACUGAGUCGGAGUAUAUGGACAAGGUCUUCAACAGUUUGGUCGCUGAUGUCCUGCUGCAUGAGUAUCUUGAUGUUUUGGGCAAUAAGCAAAAGACCAUUGAUAAUCGCCCGCUUAGGAAGGUCCAUGAGAAGAUGGUCACUGAUGUGGCUUUGGACGUCUUGCUUGAUGAGCUCUGUCAGGGUCUGGAUGAGGAUCUGGGAGAGUUGGACACGCAUGAGGUCGGAGGAUUACCAGACGAGGCAGCACCGGGAAAUAUUCAUACGUGGCUUUACGGCCAGGUGGAGCCACUGUUGCAGUCAUCGCCAGAUAUAUCGAUCAACCUUCCAGGUGAUUUUGCACCGGCCCAUUAUGACGGACCUCCCCCUGACACUGGAGAUGCAGAUGAUUUACAAUAGUGUAGGACAUAAUUAUACCUGGUCUCAUACCUUAGAAUGAGAUAUGGAUCCUGCAAUGAAAGACGUAGCUCAUUUGAAGGACAUCCAGUUGACUGACAAGUGCUGUCCUUAAUAGAGAGGUGUCCUGAUUUGAGAGGUCAAAUUGUAUGGAAACAACCACUUUGGGACCAAAACCAGUGUCCUUUAUAGAGAGGUGCCUUCUCAGGGAGGUUCCACUGCACAUGGGACUGGUGUCGGCACUAUAUAUCUGAACAAAUUCUGAACUUGCUGAGGUGUCCUGUUUAAAGAUUCUCCAUGCAUAUUUUGACCAGUCAUGGCUUGGCACAGUGGCAGUCCUUCCAAUAUUUAUUGUCUGUGAUAGUAUUUGACCUACUUGUAUUAAAAGACUUUAAUGUAUGACAAGGCAGUGUGAUUUUUAGAGGCAAAAUUCUCUUGUGGCAUGAUUCCAGUUCCAGAAUUUUGUCAUGGUAUAAUACGUUUUUUGUUUGGAUUGAUGUGCUACAAAACUUGAGACUGACUCAAAAGAUUCAAGACAUGGUUAUAGUUCACUAUCAGCCACACUGAUAAAGAUCCCUUGUACAUUGUAUAUCUAUUUUUAGUUUACUAUAAUGAAAAAGAAUAUGUAUUGGUUGAGAUUACUGUAUCUAAUGUAUUAUGUAUGUGUGAAUGUGAACACAUUUAGUUCUCAUAUUUUCGUCUAUUAUCAUUUCCUAAGUGCCAUUUAUAAUUAUGUUGAUGAAUAGCAUUUGAUUGUCUGUAUUACUGUGAAAUUGGUGUGGCUUUACAGCUUUUGAAAUGACAGCUCAAUGAUGCUCUGCUUAUGAAAGUUGGACAGCUCCUGACCAGUUUUACAGUAACUUUUGUCUGCGUGAUAUGUUUCUCGUAAAUUUGGUCCGUGUAUCACUACUGUUUUUUUUUUUUUAAUUUCGAUGCAUGGAUAUGAACUAUCUGCUGUUGUGUCUACAACAGUCUUCGAUAGCGUGUGGUAAGGUGAAUACUCUCUUUGUUGGACUUUAAAAACUUAAAACUAUCACUAAGUUAGUUGUAAAGGUCUACUGAUUCUGUAGUUUAGGUCGUAAUCAAUGGAAUAUUGAUCACCCCCCUCCUCCAUUUAUAAGUCCAUCCACUGAAAUCUUAUGAUCUGCACUUUUCAUGAAGUUUUUACCUUUAUACUGACUUGGUUGACAGAAGAUGCUUCCAUGUUCGAAAAACUUCCAGAAUCCUUUUUCUCUAUAGACAAAUAUUCCUAUAUUUUUUUAUGAACAGUCAAAGAUUAAGGCUUCCAAUUACAGAACUUGCUGCCUUAGUACAAUUGGCUAUUCCUAAUAUUAUUGUAGGAUUAAAGAAAUAUUAUGUAUUCGUAUCAUAUCUUGUACACAAUAUAAACCAAUGUAGAUGGAAAAUUGCUUAAUUUAUGUAAAUAUGAUGCAAAUAAAAUAGAACCGUAUUUUGCAAAA